AUGCUGAUCCAUUCCCAGCCAGACACGCGGAAACAUUUCCCAGCCAUACACGUUGACCCAUUCCCAGCCUUAUACGCGGAAACCUUCCAAGCCAGACUCGAGGACCCAUUCACAGCCAGAUACGUUGUGACAUUCGCAGCCAGGUACGCGGUAACAUUCCGAGCCAGACAUGCUGACCCAUUCCCAGCCAGACGUGCGGACCCAUUCCCAGCCAGAUACGCGGACCCAUUCCCAGCCAGAUACGCGGACCCAUUCCCAGCCAGACAAGCGGACCAAUUCUCAGCCAGAUACGCGGCAACAUUCCGAGCCAGACACGCGGACCCAUUCCCAGCCAGAUACGCGGACCCAUUCCCAGCCAGAUACGCGGACCCAUUCCCAGCCAGACACGCGGACCCAUUCCCAGCCAGAUACGCGGACCCAUUCCCAGCUAUACAUGCGGAAGCAUUCCCAGCCAGAUACGCGGACCCAUUCCCAGCCAGACACGCGGACCCAUUCCCAGCCAGACACGCGGACCCAUUCCCAGCUAUACAUGCGGACCCAUUCCCAGCCAGAUACGCGGACCCAUUCCCAGCCAGACACGCGGACCCAUUCCCAGCUAUACAUGCGGAACCAUUCCCAGCCAGAUACGCGGACCCAUUCCCAGCCAGACACGCUGACCCAUUCCCAGCCAGAUACGCGGUAACAUUCCCAGUCAGAUACGCGGUAACAUUCCCAGCCAGAUACGCGGUAACAUUCCCAGCCAGAUACGCGGACCCAUUCCCAGCCAGACACGCUGACCCAUUCCAAGCCAGAUACGCUGUAACAUUCCCAGCCAGAUACGCGGUAACAUUCCCAGCCAGAUACGCGGUAACAUUCCCAGCCAGAUACGCUGACCCAUUCCCAGCCAGACACGCGGACCCAUUCCCAGCCAGACAUGCGGAGCCAUUCCCAGCCAGAUACGUGGACCCAUUCCCAGCCAGAUACGCUGACCCAUUCCAAGUCAGAUACGCGACACGCGGACCCAUUCCCAGCCAGAUACGCGAACCCAUUCCAAGGCAGACAUGCGGACCCAUUCCCAGCCAGACGUGCGGACCCAUUCCCAGCCAGACACGCGGACCCAUUCCCAGCCAGAUACGCGGAGCCAUUCCCAGCCAGAUAAGCGGACCCAUUCCCAGCCAGACACGCGGACCCAUUCCCAGCUAUACAUGCGGAACCAUUCCCAGCCAGAUACGCGGACCCAUUCCCCGCCAGACACGCGGACCCAUUCCCAGCUAUACAUGCGGAACCAUUCCCAGCCAGAUACGCGGACCCAUUCCCAGCCAGACACGCGGACCCAUUCCCAGCUAUACAUGCGGAACCAUUCCCAGCCAGACCUGCGGACCCAUUCCCAGCCAGGCAUGCGGAACUAUUCCCAACCAGACAUGCGGACCCAUUCCAAGCCAGACAUGCGGAACCAUUCCCAGCCAGACGUGCGGACCCAUUCCCAGCCAGACAUGCGCAACCAUUCCCAGCCAGACAUGCGGGCCUAUUCUCAGCCAGAUACGCGGUUACAUUUCCAGCCAGAUCCGCGGAAACCUUCCAAGCCAGACACGAGGACCCAUUCCCAGCCAGAUACUUGGUGACAUUCCCAUCCAGAUACGCGGAAACAUUCCCAUCCAGAUACGCGGACCCAUUCUCAGCAAUACACGCGAUUACAUUCCAAACCGGAUACUCGGAAACCUGCCCAUCCGGACAUGCGGACCCAUUCUCAACCAUACACGCGGUAAGAUUCCCAGCCAGAUACGCGGAAACAUUCCAAGCCAUACACGCAGACCCAUCCCCAGCCAGACACACGGAAACAUUCCCAGUCAGACACGCGAUAACAUUCCCAGCCAGACACGCGAUAACAUUCCCAGCCAGACAUGCGGGCCCUUUCCUAGCCAGACACGCGGAAACAUUCCCAGCCAGACAUGCGGACCCAUUCCCAGCCAAACACGCGAUAACAUUCCAAGCCAGACACGCGAUAACAUUCCCAGCCAGACAUGCGGGUCCAUUUCUACCCAGACAAGUGGGCCCAUGCUUAGCCAGACAUGCGGGCCCAUUCCUAGCCAGACAUGCGGGCCCAUUCCUAGCCAGACAUGCGGGCCCAUUUUUAACAAGACACGGGGAAACAUUCCCAGCCAUACUUGCGGACCUAUUCCCAGCCAGACAUGA